CCCACAACAACCAUCGAUUUCGAUUUGUUCUUGGUUGUGUCCUGUUGCUUGUGGUUGCGGUUGUGGUUGUGGUUGUUCCUUUUGUCCUUGUAGACGGUAGUGCACAAUCAAGCAAGCAAGCAAGCAAGAAAGUGUAACGAACAUGAAGUUGGAGGAGAGUGCCAAAGGCACCGAGCUGCAAUGCGUGACGGAAGACUCCAAACAGUCUGCUGCUGUUGUUUCGCAGCAAGAUGAUGUUUCUUCAGCCACGCCUGAUUUGGAUCAUCACGAGGAUUGGAGGAUCAUUCUGUACUAUUGCUAUAUGGAUUUGGAUGUUGGGAAUGCCGCUGUCGAUCAGCAUGUGGAGUUUCAACGUGACAUUUGUCAACAACACGAGUUACUGGGACGGAUACGCGUCAGCCCAGAAGGCAUCAAUGGCGUUCUCUCGGGUCGUCGGGUCGCUUGUCAAGCGUACGAAGAGCAAUUGCGAGCCGAAUUGACGCGAUUGAUCUCGUUCGAUACUGAAUUAGAUGUCAAGUACUGCAAGCUUCGCACGGAUUUGCCCGUGUCGACACAAGUCUUUGAUUCCCUAAUGGUCAAGGCCACCAACUCGGUCGUGAGUUUGUUUGAACCAGGCAUGCUCCAUCAUGACAACGACAAUGACAACAAAAGUUCGACAAAAAAGAAAUACUCCAAACAAUCCAAUCGACGAAAACGACGCCAACAACAACGCAAAGACCUCAUGGAUCAAGACAAGCUACAACUAGACAAUCAUCUACGACAAUUGGCCAAUCAAGUACCCAACUUUCCAGGAGCUCUACACUUGUCGCCACAAGAAUGGGAUAGAAAAUUGCAGCAGGCGAGAGGAGGAGAUGCCAUUCUACUCGAUUGUCGCAAUGUAUACGAAAGCAAUGUGGGCUAUUUUCAAGUUACUUCUACAACUACUACAACUAAUACCCUGCUCACCAAUACGCGCAAGUACUCUGAUCUGCCCAAGAUAUUGCUGCAGUCCAAAGAUCAAUGGGCACAUAAGAAACAAAUAUUCAUGUAUUGUACUGGGGGAGUACGCUGCGAAAUGGCAAGCAAAUUCGUGCAGGCCGUCGUGGCAACAAACAAUAAUAAUCAACAACAACAGCAACAAUCACCAAACGACGACGUGCAAGUCUAUCAACUCCAUGGUGGAAUUCAAAAAUACUUGGAGCAUCACUACUACAACAACCAACCAGAACAACAAAACAGUUCUAACGAUGAUGAGAACAACAACAACAACAACAACAACAAGAGCGAAGGUUUCUACCGUGGCCUCAACUUUGUCUUUGAUCCUCGACGAACCGAUCCCAUGGUCAUUCCACAAAAAUAUAAUAAUACUGGUGAUGCUGAUGCCACUAGUACUACGUGUGUGGGAAAAUGUUGUCGAUGUGGAAUUCCACACGAUGACUACGACAAUGGACAUGCUCCCGUCGAAAACAAGGAAGCACGGUGCUGCAAAUGCCGCAUUCUGCUUUUGGUCUGUAAUGCCUGUCGGGACAAUGUCCAGUGCUGGGGGGAACCCGAAAAGGAGGGUGUUUCAAAACUCUUUUGUGGCAUUGAUGAUCACUGCGGUGAUUACCAAGCCACGGGACAAAAUCCAGUGAGCAUUGUGGGCGGGGCGUCAUAG